CAAACAUUCAAACAAGUUGUAGGGUUCCAAAUUGCAAAUACCCAAUAAGUCGACAAAUCUUAAUCGCCGGCUGCUACCGCUGCUGCUCAGAGCCGCCACGUCACUGCUGCCGCCGGUUUCCGCCUCGCCUGACGCUGCUCAUUCGUUUUCUUCGUUGCACUCACUAAGAUUUAGGUUAAACCCUUUGCUUCAGUUCCUCCAAGUUACAGGAUGGGAAAGAAAUCAGGAAAGUUCAAGAAGAAGGAAAACAACCCUCCAAAGAAAUCAAAAAUUGAUUUUUACAAUGAAGAUGAUGAUAUGAUGAAUGAUGCUAUUGAUGCCUUUCAUGAAAAGAGAGAUAUCAUUCCACUGAAUGUUAAUGAAGAUUCGGCAGAGUCGGAUGAGGAUAAUGAGCAUCCCGUGUAUGAUCUUAAGGAGGAUGAAGAUGAGGAGGAUGAAGAUGACGACUUUGAUGAUGCUGAACUUACUGGCCUUGGUGCUAAAAUUGCAAGGACACAGAAAUAUUUACAAGCUACUAUGGGUGGGGUUGAGGAUGAAAUGCAUGAUGAGGCUGAACAGGAGAAAGAAGAAAUGUGGGGAAGAGGAAAGAACAUUUAUUAUCAAAAUAAAGAGUAUGUUGAAGAGUCAAGUGAUGAGGACCUUAUUGCCGAGGAGGAGGCAGAGGUAUUGAGAAUGCAGCAGAAAAAAGCUAAAUCCCUAUCUGCAGCGGAUUUUGGGAUUGAAGAUGAUGAACUCACAUUUGAGGAAAUUUUGGUCCAAGGAAAACCUGGAUCAGCAGUUUCUGCAGAUGGAGAAGCCAAAAAUGAAACUGGCACUGCUUAUGAGGAAGUGCAGAAGGAUUUGAAUGCUUUGACAAAAGAAGAGCAAAUGGAUGUUGUCUAUAGUUCUGCACCUGAAUUGGUUGGUUUGCUGUCUGAGCUUGGUGAAGCGCUUGAGCAGCUCGAUAACAAAGUUAAUCCCCUAUUCAACAAGAUUAAUGGAAAGACUAUGAUAAAGGGCGGGAUGCACUACAUUGAAGUGGAGAAGCUGCUUCUGCUGUCAUAUUGCCAAGCUAUAUCUUUCUACCUUCUUCUCAAAUCUGAGGGGCAGCCAGUGCGUGAUCAUCCAGUCAUUUCACGCCUUGUGGAGAUCAAGAAUCUGUUGAAUAAGAUGAAAGAACUUGAUGGAUAUCUUCCUUCUCUAGAAGACUUGUUACACAAGAAUGUUGAUAAUGUAACUGGUGUAAAGUUGGCGGGAAGGAACUUGGAUUCUAAAUCUCUCCCCAUUAGUGACAAGCCUUCUGUGGUGUCGACUGAUAUUCAAGAAGCAGAGCCUCAUGAAGCUGAGUUGGCGGAGUUAAAUGGUUUAAACAGUCAACGGAAAAAGGAAUCAAAACGCAAACGCCAGGAUGAUCAAGUUGGUAUCCAAAGCAUGGAAAUGUUAAAAGUGAGAGCUUCUCUUGAGGAAAAAUUGAAGCAGACAGGUGUUUUAAGUUCCAUUGCACGGAAAAAUGAAAAACAAAACAAGCGCUCACGACUUCUGAAUGGGCUGUUGGCAACUCCUGAUGAUUUUGAUGAUGAUGCCAUGGGUGCUGAAGAUGAUCGCGAGACACGAAGUUUAAACAAGCUGUCUAGGCUUUUAACUCCUCAAGUAGCAAGACCCAAGAUAAUUUCUGGUGAUGAUGAUUUACCUAAACGAGAUGACAUUGGAGAAAGGAGAAGAAAGCAUGAACUGAGAGUUCUAGCUGGAGCUGGAGUUGAACCUACUGAUGAUGUCAAUGAUGAGCCUGGUGACCAUGCAAGUGACGAUGUUGCUACUUCUGACGACAGUGAAAUGGACUCAGAUAUGGAAUUCUACAGAGAAGUCGAAAAGCAACAUUCAGCUAAGCUUGCUGCUAAAGAAAAGAUGUAUUCCAGAACCCCAGCUAUGCUGUCAACGCCAGAAACCGUUGUGGAUGGGAAGCGCCAGAUAAAUUACCAGAUGGAGAAGAACAGAGGCCUUACUCGUAAUCGUAAGAAGCAAGAUAAAAAUCCAAGGAAGAAAUACAGGGGGAAACAUGAAAAGGCUCAGAAACGUAGGGAAGGACAAGUUCAGAAAAUUAAGAAACCAAGUGGUCCUUAUGGUGGAGAAACUACAGGAAUUAAUGUUGGUAUUAGUCGAAGUAUCCGAUUUAAGGGAUAAAAGUCGCGUGAUAUGUGGUUUAAGCACACGUCUCAAAGUUCAAGUGCUUCAAUAGACAAAAGCUUAGUAUUUAAGUGGAGAAUGGUAAAGUUGUGUACCCGUUAUUCACCGAGUUCUAAACCUUGCAUCACACUGGCCCUCGGGAAUUUCUCGGUUAUGAGUAAAAAGUGUAAAGAGUUGAUAUUCUCUUAUUGUUGUUAAAAUCAGUCUUUCCUUCUUACUUCCAAUUUUGUUAUCCUUGGAAGAGGGGAGUGGAAAGGCAUAUAUAUAGAUGGAAUGUGAACUGCUUCUGUUUCUUUUAAGCUUUUUUAUUGUCUAUGUUGUGUUGAUGUCAACUUGCAUACUUUUGUAAUGGCUAGCUUAUAAUUUUCUUGUUUUCUA